AUGACCAUGAUGACCAGGAGACAAUCCCAGAGGCAGCGCUCCCCGUCGAUUGUUUUCGUGCGGAUGCAGCGCACAGCACCGGCGCCGUUCAACCACCCGGACGCAGACCUUAUUCUCACCACCUGCGCUCCUACCCGUUUUCUGGUUUCUCGUCUGACAAUCGUCGCUGCCUCGGACUACUUCCGCGACCGACUUGCAUCCACGCCUCCGUCAUCUGCACAAAAUCCAGCAGUCAUCGACGGACUACCGGAGUCCGAUGCUACCAUGGAGACUAUCCUGCGCCUCAUAUAUCCCGUCCCAGAACCGCUCCUGUGCGACCUCGACGAUCUCUCCGACGCGUACAACGCAGCCACCAAGUACAAGAUGCAGAAAGCCCAGCUCACCCUGGAGCGAAUGCUCCUCGCACCGCGCUUCCUCGAAGCCGAGCCUGUUCGCAUAUAUGCCAUCGCUCGGAGAUUUGGCAUGGUCAAUAUCGCCGAGACCGCUGCCGAAUACGCGCUGCGUGUCUCUCCGGUGUGGCCAUGCUACGAAGAAUUCAAUUUCAUCCCAGCGCGAGACUAUCACACGCUCGCCACCUUUCAUCGCGAACGCUCCCUCGCCGCCGCCGCGUGUCUCGACUCCUCUCUCUUUUCCGCAAUGCUAAGGCCUUGUGAGGUUUGCGACGAGCCAAAGAAAAGGCGGAAUCCCCUUUGGUGGAAGCAAUACGUUGCCCUUUGUCGCCCCGUCCUACUGGAGACUCCUGUAAGCACUGCGGUGUGUGAUCCGAGCUUCGUACACAAGAUCGUGACAUCGAACACCUGCAAGCUGUGCCGAGGGUCUACUUUGGAGGCCUUAUUUCCUGGCGGGGCUAUUCAUAAGCUGAAGCAGCUCCUGGAUGACUUGCCGCAUACGAUGCAUCUUGAGUGA